AUGCUUCGUGAGCCGGAGAAGCUCCAACUGCUUCACAUCUCGUUGGUGCGCGAAUACUUAGCGCUGGAUCUGUUGCCGGCGAAGAUAGCCUACAGCCAAGAACAGAUUGCAUUUAGGAACCAGGAUGCUGCUCACGGAGAUUCUCUUUCACCUGGAGGCAGCGCCAGGUUAAAUAGGCCAGGUGAAGCAUCGCAGCAGUCGCCAUUGGAGGGACGACCGAACCGGCGUGUGGAUAAGAUGCUCUGCUGCCCAGCCGAGACAGAGCGCGCUAUCGACGACUUCGUCAUCUUCUGUUUCUUGGCGGGGAAUGACUUCCUGCCGCAUACGUUUUCCACGGACAUUGGGGAAAAAGGGCUCGAUAGAAUACCGUGUACUGGCCGCAUCCGUAACGAGCAAAACGCCGGCGGAUGGCCCAUGGCUUGUCGGGAGCUGCCGAUGCUUAACAAUUUUGGUGGGGACACGUGCAAAGCAUUCCGUGCAAAGUUCUAUAUGCAAAAGCUAAACAUCGUGCUUGGCACGGAAAGAGGCGAAAGGGAACUGCAGCACUUGUGCCAAAGUUAUCUGGAAGGACUCCAGUGGGUUGCAUACUACUACUUCCGAGGCCCGGACGCAAGUGGGUGGAGGUGGUUUUACUCUUACCACUACGCUCCCUUCUUGCGGGACGUGCUCGACUGCAACGUGUUCAGCCCGUCGAUGGUUUCCAGAGGCGCAGGAGCAGGCAAACGCUGCGAGGACCUUUCGUAUCUUUUAGACCGCACAAUCGCAUUGCCUAGCGGGGAGCCAUAUUCACCCUUCAUGCAACUCUUGUCAAUCUUGCCACCUCAGUGA